UGUUAUUUUGGAAGAAUGGCAGAAGAAGCUCCGGCCGCCGCCCCCGCCGCCUCUCCGGCAAAGCCCAAGGCCGCCAAGAAGAAGUCCGCCCCGAAGAAGGCCCGGACCGGCCCCAGCGUGAGCGACCUCAUCGUCAAAGCUGUGGCCGCUUCCAAGGAGCGGAACGGCGUGUCGCUGGCCGCCCUCAAGAAGAACCUGGCCGCCGGAGGCUACGAUGUGGACAAGAACAAGGCCCGCGUCAAGACCGCCGUCAAGAGCCUGGUGGCCAAGGGGACCCUGGUCCAGACCAAGGGCACCGGGGCCUCCGGCUCCUUCAAGAUGAGCAAGAAGGCCGAGCCCAAGGCCAAGAAGCCCGCCAAGAAAGCGGCUCCCAAAGCCAAGAAGCCCGCCGCCGCCAAGAAGCCCGCAGCGGCUAAAAAGACCAAAGCGGCCGCAGCCAAGAAGACCGUAGCUGCUAAGAAGUCUCCCAAGAAACCCAAGAAACCCUCAGCGGCCAAGAAGGCGGCAGCCAAGAGCCCCAAGAAGCCCGCCACCAAGAGCCCCAAGAAGAAGAAGGCCCCCGCAGCCAAGAAGGCUCCAGCAGCCAAGAAAGCUCCAGCAAAGAAGGCCGUCAAGCCCAAAGCCAAGAAGACCGCGGCCAAGAAGAAGUGAGCUCUCACUGUCCAACGUCCAACCUCAGCAAAGGCUCUUC